AUGCGUUGUGCCCACUCCAUUCACGUGCAAUCUUUGGGUGACAGAGUGUUCGGAAGCAUGUCGGAGCAGCCAGAGAACACCAGCUACGAGCAGGAGUGCCAACGGGCGGAGCUGCUAGGCCUCCAGCCGCCGGAUCCCGAGGAAUUCGAGCGCAAGCGGCAGGCGAGAUUGGAGCACGAGUUGGCCGAGCAGGAGGCCGCCGAGGCGGUGCUGUUGGAGCAACAAGACGAGAGCCUUGGCAAUGUGGGUGGCAAGCUGGGCGAGCUCAAUAGCAUCCUGUCCAGCACGCAGCAGAAGCUGAAUCGCUUCAAGCAAACUGCCUGUGGCAGUCUGACCAACAUAUUUGCACGGGGCAGCUCGGGCUCGGUGGAUCUUUCGGCGGGCAUUGGUAGAUCGGGCUCAAUCGCCAGCCAGGAGGAGCGUCCUCCUGUCCAGGAACAACCGGUGGCCAAGCCACCGCCGACGGCUGCCGAGGUUAGCGCCGCCAAGGCGGCCAAGCAGAAGCGCAUGGACUCGCAGCUGGACAAGCUGGAUGCGCUGAUCAACCAGGCGGACAACGCUCAGAUAGCCAUGAGUGAGCAGACCCAGCAGAUGCGUCGCCUGGCCAAGUGAAGUGCCCCCAUCGAGCAGGUGGAUAACCGUCGCCUGAUUCUGGGCAGCCUUCUGUCCUCUUCUUUGUUUGGAUGAACACAUGAGUUUCGCUUAAAACUAAACACAAGUUGAGAUUACCCAAAGCGUCUUCAAUCACAUUUAUCGAGUGUGUGCAGACAGUGCGUGUCAUGACGACUGUCUGCAGUACCGUCUUUCAGUCCCGGCGCGCAC